UUUAUUUUGGUGCGAGUGUGAUCCCAAACACUAAUUUUCCCCCUUCUAUUUUUUAUUUUAAAGCUUAAAUCUCAAAAUGAAUCAUGAAUUAGUGCUCUUCUUGUUUCAACUCAGUAUGCACAGAGGAUGAUUGAUGUUGAUUGUUGAUUUAGCUCUGAUUCUAUAGCUUCGGGAACUGUAUUCUGGUACUGAUUUAGGAAACUAAUUGGAUAUGAAUAUGCUGGUGGGGACAUGCUUGAACCAAGGGAAGCUGAUAUACCUGUGUUGUUUCUGGUUUUGGUUGUGCUUCCUCUUGUUGCUUACUUUUUACUUGGGAAAUGGAGCGAGGCUGCAAAGAAAAGAGAGAGGAUAGAUUUGCUUGCUCAUAUGGCUACUGAAGAGUCAUUUAGGGCAGAAGCAGUGCCUACUGUCGCUGCAACUGCAACUGCUUUUCCUUUUGUGUCUCCUUCAAAGAAUGGAAUUCAUGUCUGCGCUAGAUGCUUAAGUCCAGCUACAACUCGCUGCUCGAGAUGCAAGUCUGUUAGAUACUGUUCUGGGAGAUGUCAAAUAAUCCAUUGGAGACAAGUUCAUAAGCAAGAAUGCCAGCAGUCGGAAACUACAAGUUCAUGCUCAUCUCCUAAUGCUAGUGCAAUCAAGGACGCAAUUCCAGAGAGGGCCUCAAGUUUCUCAAUUUGUGACAGCUUGAACUCGUUUUACUCUGGGUAUCAUAUUAAGUCAGCUUUGAUGAAUAAUGCACCUUCAGAGAAUACAGUUCAUCCUCCAAUAAUAGAUGGUGUUUCUGCUUGGACCAAUUCUUCUGUAGUUGAUGGCUCUCAUGAGGCCAUGCUGAAAAAAAGAAGCACAGAAAAGUGGGUUUAUUGUAAAUCCAACAGAGAAAUGUUCAUAAGACAUGACAUGGCUGUACUUGAUUCUUCUGAAGAAACUUCUGGAACAAGGCCUGCCUGCAUAAAUUCUUCUGGCGACACCACUGGUCUGUAUGUCAAUGGGCAAGAUACUGCUCAUUAUGUGCAUGUAAUUCCUAAAUUUUUAAGAGAACCAGGGAAGAUGGUUGAAUCAAAAAGCAAACAUGGACCUUUGAGUUCAUUGCAUUCAGGAAAAAAUGGGAUAAAGGUGCAUGAAACUGAAACGGGCAUUAUUUUGAAUGGAGAAAAUUUGUCAAAUGUAGAAAAUACUUCUAAUGAUGAGAUGGGGGAAUUGAAGUGUUCUUAUGAAACAACACCUAUGCAAGGAAGUGUAAAGGGUAAAUGUGCGUUGCAGCCUGUGGGGAACAAAAUUUCUAAAUCAUCAAAGUCAACAAUGAAAGUUUUUGGAGAACAAUCAUGCUCGGAAGUAGAUGGCAGGGCAAAAGUUGCAGAUGAUUCAAAGACUGUUAGAAUGGGAUAUGCCAUUCCUGUUCCAGGAAGCAAUGGGGUUGCAGGUGUUGGUAUUGUGAAGAUGAUGGGCGUAAGGAGGUCAACGAGACUUAGUAGACAGAAUGUUACUGGAAUUAAUGGUGCACACAAAAAAAUGCUGUUCCCUUAUGAAGAAUUUGUUAAGAUAUUCAACUGUGAGUCCGUGAAUUUGUCACCUAGGGGACUUGUCAACUGUGGAAACAGUUGUUAUGCCAAUGCUGUCCUUCAAUGUUUAACCUGCACAAAGCCACUGGUCAUCUUCUUGCUUCGUAGAUCACAUUCAAGAGCCUGUUGUGCGAAAGAUUGGUGUCUUAUGUGUGAACUUGAGAAACAUGUAAUGUUGUUAAGAGAAUGCGGUGGCCCUCUGUCUCCUAGUAGAAUCCUUUUGCAUAUGCAGAAUAUCAAUUGUCAGAUUGGAGGUGGAAGUCAGGAAGAUGCACAUGAGUUUUUAAGGCUUCUGGUUGCAUCAAUGCAGGCCAUAUGUUUGGAAGGGCAAGGUGGCGAGGACAAGGUCAAUCCCAUAUUACAAGAAACAACUUUUAUACAACAUACUUUUGGUGGGCGUCUUAGGUCAAAGGUCAAAUGUCUGAGAUGUCAUCAUGAGUCGGAACGACAUGAAAGUAUAAUGGACCUUACGCUAGAGAUAUUCGGUUGGGUUGAGUCACUAGAAGAUGCAUUGACUCAGUUUACAACCCCUGAAGAAUUGGAUGGUGAAAACAUGUAUAGAUGUGGAAGGUGUGCCACAUAUGUCCGAGCUAGGAAGCAAUUGAGCAUACACGAGGCACCAAACAUUCUGACAAUUGUUUUGAAGCGAUUCCAGGGAGGACAAUAUGGGAAGAUAAACAAAUGUAUUACUUUUCCUGACAUGCUGGAUAUGAUCCCAUUUAUGACUGGAACGGAAGAUAUUCCUCCUCUUUACAUGCUCUAUGCUGUUGUGGUGCACUUGGAUACAUUGAAUGCAUCCUUUUCUGGGCAUUAUGUGGCAUAUGUAAAGGAUCUUCAUGGAAACUGGUUCAGGGUAGAUGACACUGAGGUUCAUCCAGUGCCAAUGAGCCAAGUGAUGUCAGAGGGAGCAUACAUUCUAUUUUACAUGAGAUCCUGCCCUCGCCUUCAGAGGGAAUUUUAUGAGAAACCUAUCCAGCAACAAGUUUCAUCAUCUGCAAGACACUGCUCAUCAUCACGGAUGCAGAAGCCUUCAAGAAAGGGACAUGGCAAAUCAAGCAGUCACUUUCUUGGCACAGAGCCAUCAUUGGAUCUCAAACCAAAAAAAGGUAUUGGUCUUGACAACCACACCAAUGGGAUUCUGGGGAGCACAAACAGAAACGUUGCACAAGCAAUGGAAUUCUCUGAUGCUACAUCAAGUGAUUGGUCGCUCUUUACAAGCUCAGAUGAGGCUUCUUUCUCUACUGAGAGCAGAGAUUCCUUUAGUACUGUGGAUUACACCGAGACAUGCAACGCAGAUACAUUAUCCUCAAUCUUCAAUAACUUGUAUCCUCCACAGUCAUCCUCGCAGAACACUUUUUGCUGUAGAACAUUUUCAAGUAGCAGGCCACAGACUAAGUUCAUCUCAGACUUGGAGGAAAGCGGCUAUGUAUUAGACUCAUUCUUGUCAACCCAUUCUACAAAAGGGUUAUGGAGAGGGAAUAGUUCCAAAAGGGUCAGUAAUUCUACUGAGUUUCCUACUUUAUUGCUUUAACAUGUCUUUAAAAAUAUGGGAUUUAUCCAAAAAUGUGGCCUUGAUCGAACUUCUGGCCAUUGUAAAUUAUAGGCUUGGAGAUCCCAUCUGAUAAAACAGAUGACUUAGCUAGGUGGAAUCUGUGCCUCGAAAUUUUUGUAUACUUGUUAGAUGGGGCAUUGUGAUUGUUUUAUAUCACCCAAGGCAAGAAACAUUCUUAUCAGCAUUUAGAAUUAAUUGUUGAAAAUGUAAAGUGUUAGCAUGUGGAGACUCUUUUAAUGAUAUUUUUCUAUUUGAAAA